AUGUCAAGGCUAAUAGUCAAGGGGCUUCCAAAGUACUAUACAGAAGAGAAUUUGAAAACUCACUUCAGUCAACAGGGAGAUGUGACUGAUGUGAAAUUGGUUAAAUCUAAAAAUGGAGAGUCAAGACGUUUUGCAUUCAUUGGUUACAAAUCAGAUGAAGCAGCACAGAAAGCGGUCAAAUUUUUCAACAAGUCAUUCAUUGACACAGCAAGGAUUGAUGUGCAAUUGGCAAAAUCCUUUUCUGAUCCAAAUGUACCGUUAUCGUUCAAGGAAAAGAGAAAGAGAGAGAAUGAAAGACUAAAGAGAGAGGAGGAGCUAUUAGUUGAGGAGAGCAACAGGCUUAAAGCAAAGAAGCAGAAAACUGAGCGGAAAUCGUUAAUUGAGGAAGAAAUGGAAAACGAUCCCAAAUUCAAGGAAUACAUGGAAGUAAUGGAGCCAUCGCAUCAAGUCAAGUCUUGGGCGAACGAUACUAUAGCUGACGGUUCAGGAGGUCCCUCGAAUGCAGACUUGGAACGAGCCUUAAAGGGAGACAAUAAAGAUGAUUUCAAACUGCUGAAGCCUAACGUUAUUGAAGCACAGGAACACGAGAGCGAUGAUGAGUACAAUGAUUUCCAAGGUCAGCUAGUGGAUGGUGAUGAUAACGACGACGACGACGACGACAUUGAGGACGAAAAAGAGAAGAUGAUACCUUUGAAGGAAGUGGAUGGAAACGAAGCUGGUGCAUUAGCCAAAGAUGAGAACGUUUCCGAUUUAGACUGGUUGAAGUCGCGAAGCAUACGUAUUAAAGAAGAUGGUGAAGUACCGGAGAAUGUUUCGGAAAAUGCUCCCGAGAAUCAAGACACAACCACAGAAGCACAUACAGACGCUCCCAGGAUAGAAUAUAGAACGGACGAGGAGAAGGCGAGAGACAAAAUUGAAGAGACAGGACGAUUAUUCAUCAGAAACAUUCUGUAUGAUGCGACUGAAGAGGAUUUCAGACACUUGUUUGAGACAUAUGGUCCCCUUGAAGAAGUACAUAUUGCUAUUGACACACGAACGGGUAAAUCCAAAGGCUUUGUGUAUAUUCAAUUCGCGGACACUGGAGAUGCAGUUCAAGCUUUUCAAGCUCUUGACAAGCAGAUCUUUCAGGGUAGGCUUUUACAUAUACUUGCUGCUGAUAAGAAAAAGAGUCACCGACUUGAUGAGUUUGAUUUGAAAAAUUUACCUUUGAAAAAGCAGCGGGAAUUGAAAAAGAAAGCACAGGCUUCAAAGGCUCAGUUCAGUUGGAAUUCACUUUAUAUGAACACUGAUGCAGUUAUGGAGUCUAUGGCUGCAAAAUUGGGUGUUACAAAGUCGCAGAUGAUCAAUCCUGAAAAUUCAAGCUCGGCAGUGAAGCAAGCUCUUGCUGAAGCUCAUGUCAUUGGUGAUGUUAGGAAGUUUUUCGAAGAGCGGGGUGUUGACCUUGCAAGCUUCAACAAGAAGGAAAAAGACGACAAGGUAAUAUUGGUGAAAAACUUUUCAUUCGGAACAACAGUGGAAGAAUUGGGGGAGUUGUUUACGCAGUAUGGACAGCUCAAGAGAAUAAUCAUGCCUCCAUCGGGAACUAUUGCCAUUGUUGAGUUUAAUGAUGCACCUAGUGCCAGAGCUGCGUUUACAAAAUUGGCGUAUAAGCGAUUCGGCUCUAGUAUUCUUUACUUGGAGAAAGGUCCAAGGGACCUUUUCACUCGUGAGCCUGUGGCAAAUGAAAACAUUGAAAUUUCCGAGCCUGAGAAGGUGGUUGAAGCCAAAGUAUCCGCCAGCGACGUUCUUGGGGAGCGAGAAAUCGAGGAAGAUGAAUACCAAGGUCCAACGGUUUCGAUUUUUGUCAAGAAUCUCAACUUCAGUACAACAGUGCAACAGCUAUCCGAACUAUUUAAAUCCUUACCUGGAUUUGUAUUGGCUACAGUCAAGACUAAGCCUGAUCCAAAAAAUUCUGGAAAGACAUUGAGUAUGGGAUUUGGCUUUGUUGAAUUCAAGUCGUUAGCCCAAGCCAAUGUGGCUAUUUCGACAUUGGAUGGUCAUGUCUUGGAUGGUCACAAACUACAGUUGAAGCUUUCUAACAAACAGGGAACUUCGACAUCAUCUGCUGCCCCCACUACCAAAUCUGCUAAAUCAAGCAAAAUCAUUAUCAAAAACUUGCCAUUCGAGGCUUCCCGUAAGGACCUUUUGGAAUUGUUUGGUGCUUUUGGCCAACUUAAAUCCGUUCGAGUGCCUAAGAAGUUUGAUCAAAGUGCAAGGGGUUUUGCCUUUGUUGAAUUCAACUUGUUGAAAGAAGCUGAAACUGCUAUGAAACAAUUGGAGGGUGUACAUUUGCUAGGAAGGCGUUUGGUUAUGCAAUAUGCCGAACAGGAAUCCGAAGACGCAGAAGCGGAAAUUGAAAAGAUGACAAAGAAGGUUAAGAGGCAGGUUGGAACACGUAAUUUAGCAGCUGCUAGAUUGGCUGGUAAAUCGAAAAUUGAAUUAGAAGAGAAGGAUGACGAGUUUGAGUAG